CAUUCCCAAUCAUUAAUGCGUUUUUAUUUCUACUUGCAGAACCAACCCAUUUCACAAAGGAUACAGGCAGCGCUCACUACUCUCCACCUCUAUGCCAACCUAGAACCCCCCAAACCACAAGCCAAGCCCAAACCCACAUCGACAUCAACCACCACAUCAUCAUCGUCAUCAUCAUCGGCCUCAUCCAAGAAGUCUAAGAAGAGCAAAUCAAAAUCAAAGUCGAAAUCGGACACUAAGAGCAAGAGUCGAGCAUCCCAGCUUGCUGCUCAGCAAGAGGGAAGAUUCCAGAUUGUGUCCACAUACAGAGGGGUGAAUCUGAAAGGACUUGAUGGGCAAAGUGCGCCCUCUAGUGUUAGUAAUGGUGUGGGUCGGAACAAAGGAGCAACGAAGGAUGAACUUUUCAGUCUAUUUGAUGCUGUCAUAGAUGAAGAGGCUAAAUCAUCAAGUAAGACCUCCAAAUCAGACGACAUCACAUGUAACUCGGUUAAAAUGAUCCGAGAGAAGCUAGUUAUCGAUGACGGUCCCGACAGUGAGUACGUGUACGAUCUCUACUACACAGACGACAACCAGCUUGACUUCGGCCAGACUGUUGUUACUGGUGUGCAGUUGGAGGAUGAGGAGCUAGUGCAUGAUUUCUUUGAUGAGGGUUCCCACGAGAAGUACGAUGAUGAGGAUGAUAGCAACGAUGAGAAUAAUUGGAGGAAUGACUACCCAGAUGAGGAUCCAGAUAAACGACAUGAAGAUCUCUUUGAUGAGUACAAGGACGAGUACCGAUACGGCGACAUAUCAAGCGAUGAAGACAUCCUCAACGACUAUGGGGACUACAGGAAACGACCAACCAAGGGCCUGGACUACUUCGGUGGCGGCCGAGAUCCUCUAGAUGAUCUGAUGUGAUUGGCUGAGAGGGGACAUCUUACGAUCAUUCAACUAAUCAGAUGUCUUGUUUGGUUUUCUUCUCUGAGUAAUUUUUUCUCUCUACUAUGAACUUUUGUUUGUGUCAGCAGCCUGUUAUCCUAUAAUGUUUGAUGCGUAUGAAACAAUCUGUAGAUUAUUAUGCGCAUGUAUCUGUUUGCGUAUAAGUGUGUAUGGUUCAUUCACGUUAUAGUGGAGGAGAAAAUUAUGUCUAUGUUUAGAGCAGGAGACUCAAUUUUUAGGUCUCAGGCUUGGAAAUUAAUCCUUUACAUUCCUUCUGCAUGAAAUUAGUUUUAAAAAUCUUAGGAGCACUUCUGGUGUUAUGGGAAUUCUAGAAGUUGGCAUAGGAUUUAAGUUCCUUCCGUAUCAAAGUUUAUAGAAAUUGAAUAACUUAAUAUGAAAUAUGAAGAAAAAAAGAUAUUCAUGUCUAGUCAUAAAAAAGUCUCUUUUGACUGUUCAGAAUCAUGUUUUCAGAUGAUUUGCACGUAGUUUUUGUAAUAAAGAAUUGUUUUACAGUAAGAUAUCUCUACAGUUAUUGCGUAAAGAAAAAUAUGACUUUCUGCUAUGUCAGUAGUGUGUUUUUCACUGGUUUUCAAGAAGAUAGAUAAUUGGAGAGAGAUAGAUUGGAGAAAGAAAUUUUAAAAAUAGGGAUUAAGACAGGCAGAGUGUUGUGUGGGUAUGUGUGUGAGAGUGUGUGUGUGUGUGUGUGUGUGUGGAUUGUUUGAGAAUGAGAGAGAGGAGAUGGACAGCGAAGGAAGGAAGGAACGAGAUCUUUGACACAGAUGCAAAACAGAGAAGAGGAUUUAUCUGAACAAUCAUUCUACAACAAAUUUACUCUCCUUUAGAAGCAAUGCCCAAUGUUUGUGCAUUUAAUGAUGACUGUGCUGCAAUCAAAACCUUGUCUGUACUUCUUUUUCUUAGUAAAUCAAAGAGUUUGCAGAGUUCUAUGACAGAGUUUGGUUUGAAAGGUGCAAUUAUUUGGGGGGAAAGGUGUUAUUUUUGUAUUGUUGUACUUUCAGAUUUUGUAAAUUUUUGUAUUCUUAAUGAAAGUACCUUGUGCCCAGUCUUCAUCUUUUUUUUCUUCUUUUUCUUAGUAAUUUACCAUCUUAAAAACAUUUUUAUUGCUUCAAUCUUACGGCAGCCACUUACAAUGCUCCAAAUCAAGAAAUAUUCAAAAUGUUAAGUGUGUGCAUAUGUGCAUUGCUUUGUAUAUUUUCAAAUAAACAGAACAUGUUUUUCUAUUCUUGCUUUAUUUUUCAAAUACGUUUCCCAUUGGAGGGAAAAACCUAGUAUCGUAUGGUAGAAUUUGACCAGAAACACAGAAUAUUGUCAAUAUAUUUCUAUAUCCAUAGUGGACUAAACAUUGUUUAGUAAUGAGUAGAAUUUGAAUUUCUUUGCAGGAAAAUCAUAAUUUCUUUUUGGGAAAAUCAUGUUUUCUCCCAAUGUAUUCUUAGGUAUAUACCCUUUGAUUAUUAAAGUUUUUAUAUUUCAGCCAAAGCUCUUUGCCUGACUGUCAGUACUCACCAAAAUUGAAAUAUAAGAUAUCCCCCCACUGAGUAAGACACAUACAUAAUCUAAAUAGUUUCAUUAGCUAGGAUAAUGCAACUUAAAUGAGCUGAAUUCUGACUAUGCUUGGCAUGGAAAUACUAUUUCCAGCCUUUUAAUCAUUUCAUUUCGCAGGAUGAUCAAGUAACAAACGCUCAACUAUUUCAGACUUUGAUUCUGUUAAUUAAGUGUGAGAGGAUUUUUGUUUUAGACUGAUUUUCGGUUUGACUUGGCAAAAAUCAGACCGGUUUGAGUCAAUUAAUUCAGCACUGAUGUGACAUUUUUCAUGUUCAAAGUUUGUACUACUAGGUCUAGUCCUAUAAAAAAAAUCAAGUACUUCAAAAGUACUCUAUACCUGAAUCAAGCAUGCCUGUAUUUAGGAAAGCUGUACAUACACAUAGGUUCUGGAAAUUAGUUUUGUACAUGUAUAGUGUAAACUUGUAACUUUGUAUAGUAGGAAGUAUUCUAUUCUGGACAGUGUACAAGACAUUCAAUUAAUAAAUACUUGAUAUGAGUACAGUGGUAGUGGGUUUCAUCUAAUUGACUCCAUAUUAUUGGGGAUAUGAUUCAAGUCCAAUCCCCAUGCAAGGCAUUUCUUCUAUACUUGUUUCUCUCAACCCAGGUGCUCUCUUCAUCUGAAUACACCAUGCUCUGAUAACAUAUACAUGAGCUUGAGCAAGGCUAAACCAUUUCUGAGCACAUGUAUGAAUAGAAAAGUUAUAUGUGCACUUUAACUCAUGUUCACAGUUUUAGCCGUUUACUUACAAGUAAAUAUCCAAGCAUUAAACCAUAUUUCAAAUUAAAUCUGAAUCUUAUUCUUAGUUUAAUGUACUAUUAGAAGUAGAUCAAAAUAAAUUUUCACGGUAUUAGAUGUGUGGUACGUAUAGAGUAUUUAAGCAGGUACAUAUAUUUAAUAUACUGCCCUUUUUAUAGUCAGUGCUUUUUAAUAAUAAUACACUGUCUGUAAUAACAGUGGGUUUUUGUAUUAAUAGCAUUCAUGUGUGUCAGACUUGACAUCCUUUGAGCUUUAGCAUGGCUGCCAUUAUGGCAGUCUAGCAUUUUCUGUCAAGUACACAUGUACCUCGCCUGGGUCGAGUGUGGCAGAUGUAGAUUAGUGUCCUGCCAAAGGACAUGAGUGCUGCGCUGGACUCAAACAGUGAACCAUGUGAUCCACAGUCCUGUGAUGUAGCCACUGGACAAUGACACCUCCACAUGCUAUUUAUAUCAUGAUUUUGUUGUAUUGUAAUUUGUAAUAUUUGUACUAUUCCAUUAAAAUGUACUCAUAAAAUGCUUUACACAAUCCACCACUGUUUUUCAUCUAUUUUCAUACUUUUUAAUGAGAUUUUAUGGUUUUUUGUUUGUUAAAAUAUUACUUUUUCUCAAUGCUUUUCUUCUUUUCAUUGUUAAAAUAAUGUUAUGUAAGUUUUUGCUUUGUCAAGUCAUGCCAUUUUGAAAGCAGUACUAUGUUUGCUUGAUUUUAAAACAGUUCUGUCUUAUAAUGAUAAUAGUAAUACUAACGUUGAUCAUUUAGGAGCAAUUAAAAACAAAAAGUACCAUGUCACUUACCAAAUCACAAAAUAUGAAGGGAAACAUGAAACACAAAAUUCAUAAAAUCAUAUUUAUGUUAAAAAGGGAAGGAGUAUGUUUGAAGGGAUCUCUUGAAAGCUGCAAGAUUGGAUAGUGAUGGAAAGUUGGGUAUUGUUGCAUAUUUUUGAAGCAGUUUUUUAGUAGGUGAGAGUCUGGACUUAGGGAGAAUCAAUUUUUGUUUGUCUGUUGUUGAGUGAGGGUUAUGAACGGUUUUUAUAUUUGGAGGGCGACAUUCAGAUAUUCAGAUGCCAUAUAACUCUUUUUGUUAAAUGCAUUGUUUGGAGUUCCUUAAUCAAGGGAGAAGUGCGAGUCCAAGAUGCAAGACCAAAUAUUAAUCCAGAGGUUUGGUUUUGGACAGUUACAUGUUUCACUCUAUCUUUUCCAGACAAAACAGGCUUAUUAAAAUAAUCAUUAUUACAACAAUGAUGUAGACACAAACUUUAAACAAAAAGAACAGCAAUGUAAAAUAUCAUUGUGGAUCUGGGGCAUCCUUUUUUUCAAGUUCAUGUCCAUCUUUUCUAUUAAUUUUGUGAUAAGAAGACCUUCUUGAGAGCAAGUAAAGUGCUCCAUACUCUAAUUUGUUCAUAAAGUCUUGUUUUCAAUAUUGUCAGUAUAGGAUAGCUACAGAAAAUGAAUGAACUUUCUAACAAAAGAGAGAAGAUGUAAAAGCAAUCCUUGUUAACAUCUGUAACACUGUAUGUGUAGAAAAUACCAGGAAACAAUAAUGUGAUAACUUUUUAAUUGAUAUAAAUAUGUAAUGAUUUUACCUGUU